AUUCUGUUUGAAACGUAUUCAACUUCACAACUUGCAAAGUCGUCAUUUUUGACAACCGUGUGUUGAACAGCUGUACUCCAAAGCGUCGUAGAGAUGGAUUUCAAGGAAAUUACGCAUAUAGAGAUGGAAACAGAGAAAGAUUACAUGACUAAAAUUGACGAUCAACAUUUUGUGGAUUGCAAUAUCGUGAAGGAAGAGUACGAAGUGCAAGAACUUGAAACGGAAAACCCUUGGGAAAACCUGUGUAUUCUCAAUCCGGAAUUCUUGAGGAAACCUCAAGUUCACGAACCGCUGAAUAGCAUUCAGUUUAAUAGUUCGGUAUUGCAACCAAAUAGUGGAAAGAAGAGAACGUAUUUAUGCACAAUUGGCGGCAAAAGGUAUGAGGUUGCGUCUCUCAUUAAGAGAGAACCGGAAGUACCGUCUCCAAAUGAAGAUGAAACUGAGGAAAGAGACGAAGGAACUUUUCACUGCGCUCAUUGCUUCAGUGUAUUUAACAAUAAACACGUCUUGAACGCCCACAUAUUGAAGCACUUUGGCCAGCCUGCUCAAUGUUACAUCUGUGACAAGACACUGCCGACUCUCUUUGCCAUGGAAAUUCACGUGAAAAAUGUGCAUAUUGUUAAUGAUAAGUACAUGUGUAGCAUGUGCAAUACGGAGUUUCCGAAAAAAUGGCCAGGCAAACUUAGAACGCAUAUGAGAGAAAAGCAUAGAUACAGAAUCGAUCCGUACAUUUGUCACAUCUGUGGAAAGAAAUUUAUGACUAGAUACCGGCAAACGCGACAUAUAGCAACUCAUAAGAAUUUCGAGUGCCAAAAGUGUCAUCGAAAGUUCAUAACGCAGAAAGCUUUUAAUACUCAUGCGAAAAUUCAUACCGAAGUGGAUCCGAUGGAAUAUCUAGGAUCAGCAUCGGAUCUAACGUGCACAAUUUGCAACAUGACAUUCAGGUUGCGCACACUCCUGACCAUGCAUAAGAAGACACACUUCGCCGAGGAUGAUUCACUUAAGAAUUGUCUUUAUUGCCUUAAGGCGUAUAAGACAACACCCAGUCUCAAGUCGCACAUGAAACUUCAUCAUAAAGGCCUUCCAAGGAUUAAAGAAAUGGGAUUAGCAUGCAGAGUCUGCCACGAAGCCUUUGAAAGCAUUGAGGAAUUAGUGGAACACGUGGAAAUACACAAACUCACAAAGCGAUUCGUGUGUCCGCGCUGUAGUUCAAAAUUCGAACACAGAUUCAGAUUGACGAUUCAUAUGAGAAGAUAUUGUUCAAAGAAGAAGAAAAGAGAGAAAAAAGACUGUACGCCAAAUGCUGAUUACCACAAGUGCUCACUUUGUUCGAAAGCAUACACGCAAAUUAAUGCUUUAAACAAGCAUAUGAAAGAAAUACAUAGUUCUGAGAAGUCUUAUGCUUGCAAAAUAUGCGAGAAACGUCUACAGUCGAAGAAUUGCCUCAAAAUCCAUAUGAAACAUCACAAGACUCUAGAAAUUGAUGUAACCUGUCCGCACUGCACAUUGAUAUUUGACAACAGAAAAACUUUUCUUCAUCAUAUGUCUAAAAAUCAUCGCGGACUUCCUUUUAAAAUUACCGCUCCUCCCUUCAAAUGCAGAGUUUGCAAGAAAAAAUUCAUGAAAUUGGACAAUCUCAAGAAGCACGUUGCAAUUCAUGCGAUAGAAUACAAGUGUGAGAUUUGUGGAAAAUAUUUAACCACAGAAUACUGGCUCAAAAAGCAUAUUCGGCUACAGCAUAAAAAUAAUUCAGACAUCCCAAAAUGUAUCUUGACAAAGAACUUUAGAUGUGUUAUAUGUGAGAAAACUUUCCGUCAGUUGGCUCAAUUGCGUAGGCACUUAAAAUCCUGUGAAAACAAAUUGAGAUCUCUCAAGGCAAUCUUGCCUCUGCACUCAAGUGAAUCGUCAUCCGGCAAAAUCACUAAACUAACACUAUCAGAAGAUGUAAAGGAAGAAUAAAUGAAAUUGAGUACCUAUGAUAAA